ACAAUUAUAUAUGCUAUGAAAAUAUCAAUAUCGUACUGCAGCCAAUCACCGACCAACACAUACGGUAUGGACUUAUGAAUAACUUAUAAUUCACCCAGGAACUCUGAGUAAAUCUAUCGGAGACAGGUAAACCAGUGACAACCUGUCGGCAAUAACCAAUAUGUUUAUCACUCGUAAUGUUCGAUCGGCGCCAUACAAACUGUCUUUAUAGGACUGUAUGCCGAAGAUAAUAACUAUGUACUGUCAUUUUGACGAGGCCAUUAGUCAUGUAGCUGAAUCAUUUUUAAGUGUUAUGAACAUACCCGGAAGCGGAAGGUUUGAUACAAAACGACAAAUGCUGGUUUGAUAAAGAAAGUGAUGCUAGUUAUCUGCUGGAUAUACAUUAAGUAUGAUGACUUGUGAACGGGACCUACAUGAAGGAAUAACGAGUGUUCAGGAACAGCCGGAACCGUUCUACGAUACGCAGUAUCAGAGGAGACAGCGUUACCCGUUCAACAUGUUUGGGAUGGAUUCAACUCAACAACAGUUCCCAGGUUGGGAUUACCCCAGCAAUUAUAAUGUCGAUCAAAAUCUACGUUAUGCAAGACCAUUUCCGUAUGAACAUGAAAACAAAUCUUGUAUUCCUUGUGACAGCAAUUUGUACUGGAUUUCCUCGCAAUCCCAUGACUGUGAACGAACCACUGGAUGGAAUCAGUCAGACAAACCACCAAUUCCUAAGUUGACAAUUAGACCAGUAAAAACAUAUCCAGAAAUAGAUAUGCAAGGGAAACGUGGUAUAAGUAACCAUUUUGGUUACUCGUUAGGCAGAGGUCCUAUAUCGCGAAGGGGACAUCACUCUAGACCGUUUCCCUCUCAGAGACCUCCACAUAGAGGUAGGGGAAGGCCGGUUGGACGCCCUAAAGGAAGUCGUUCUCGCGGCGGACGAUCUGACAGAGUGAUCGAUAAAGAGACACAAAGUCCUGGCAUACAUCGAAACAAUGACAAUGAUGAUAUAAGUGCUCUUAAAACCAAAUGUCUUAUACCAAAUCAACAAAACGAUUUAGACCUUACCCAUCAGGCCUUUAGGGAAACGCACAAUGUGGACGAUACCAUUGUAAAAGUAAAUUCCAGUGUUCCCAAAAAUAAAGAUAUGGUUUGUUCGUCAGGAGUGGACGAUCUGGAAGACUCAAUGUCGAUGAAGGAAAACUCAGUUACCCUUCCGAGUGACCAAGAAAUUAUGCUAUUAGAAAAUAGUUCGAAAUGGAAAGCCAACAUUGACGAAAUAGGAUGUGAGUUUGAAACAAAAACAACGAGCUACUUUGAUGCAUUUUCAAAUUUAGGACAAACUAGAAUAAGUCUCAGUAAUCUUCCAAUUUCGUCAGGUAAACUCGAAGUCGCGUUACAGAAAAUGUAUCCAGAUAUGUUUUCUAGACACAUCCAAGUGAAAGUGGAGAAACUGCAGUCGUCCAAUUUCCGGGAUAGUGACACUCACAAAUCAUGCGCUUCCCCAUUAUCAUCUGUCGCACACACUCAAUCAACAUGUACAGAUCCAAUCAAAAUUAGCGAAACCAUGUCAUGUAGUGACUCAUCUGAAGAUACAAAUGUUCAGGAGGUAGCUGAUGUAAAAAGUGACACAUCAAUGCAAGAGGCAUUGCAAUGUCCAGAUGCUGUAUCCUAUCCGCAGUCAGCAGAAGAUUCAUCAAACAAAUCGAAAAUUCCACAUGUUCCUCACUUCGAUAUUUCAAAACUGAAAUCAAAAUUAAAAUCUGUAAAAAUACCUGGUCCCCCUACUCAGCAAUCGAUCGAAACACAGACCGAAUCGUUCACACUCGAAUCACCUGAAAUUAUAAAUACUUCGCCCAUUCCACCCCAGAUACCAGAUGAAUCACCUGCGUUGAUAAGCGUUUCUGAAACAUGUUGCAAUGAAGAAGACUCCUCUCAGCUUCCACCGCCCAUAUUAGAACUAAUGGACUACACAACAGUCGGUCAUGCGGAUGUGGCUGUAGAAAUGACUACUACAGAAGAUGACACGACUACUUACAACAAAGAAGAGGUAAUUGAAGACGGUUGUGUUGUGUCUGAUGAUGCUCAAGAACAAAUUGAAAAUGAAGCAGAUACCAAACCUGAUGAUGUCACUUCACUGACAGUCAUCAUGGUUGAAACGAACAAUUCCUUUCCGGACGGUGCCCAAGAUGACUCGUCAUGUAAUGAGAAGGUUAAAGAAAUAGAGACAGUAAAUUCAUCAAAUGAUAGCAAUCAAGUCGGUAUUAUUGAGGGUGAUAUGAUCGACCUCCCAGUGAAACAGACUAUAGACGAAAACGCUUCUAAAAGCAUUCAACCGUGUGAAACCUGCCAUACUGCAUCGGAACCAGAGGAAAUUAUUGACAGGAAUGAGCCAUGUCGAGCGCAAGAAACACAAUGUGUUUCCGAUUCAGAAGAAAACUUCUCCUCAAAGUCCGUAAUCGAGAAUUCGGUUAACGGAAACGGCAAAAUUGAUCCGUUUGACAAUAAAACGAUAGAAUUUCAACAGAAAGAGGUCGAUGAACAAAUGUCUGAAUCGACGAACAUGGAUGCGAACAUUAUCUCUACAGAGGUUACCUCCACAUCCAAGUUGACUCAAAAUAAAGAAGAAGCAUGUGUUGAUUCGGUCGGAAUGGAAGAUUCUGUUGUGUCAAGUAUAGAUGCAAUCAAACCAGAAGAAAUUGUUUUGACAAAUGCGGAAUCCAUUGGAGCACAAGAAUACGUUGUGUCAAAUAAUGAUUUUAUCGGAGCUGAAGAACAUAUUGUAUCAAAUGCGGAUUCUGUGGAAGAAUCUGCAAUGAAUGAUAACAAUGACUCAAAUAUGAUUUCCUUGGUGACGGUUACGGUAGAGACGAGCGAUGAUUGUAUCAACAAGGCUGAAGCGGAAAGCGCCGUUACAGCACUUGUUAGUACAUGCACUCUAUCAGCUAAGGAUAAAGAAAUUACCGCAAAAGAAACGUUUAAGGGUGAAACGAACUAUGACAGUGACGCGAGUGACGCUACCGUCAGGUAUUCCGAUGACGAAGAUCAUCAUCCACUCAAAAUAGACAUUCCACAGGAAGAAAAUGAAAAUGCGAAGAUCGACACAGAUGACGUGAAUGAGGAGAAUACUGGCGAUAUCGAUACCGUAUCCACCGACAUUCCUCAAACAGUUUCUGUCGAUACCAACGAGGAGAUUGUUUGUAAAAAUGAAGCUAAUGAAACUGACUCGGUAUCAGGUACACUAUCAGAGUUACAAUCGGCGCUUGUGAUUUCAGAGCUACCGCAAGUGUCUGGGAAACGAAAGGCUCGUGAGAAAAAGAGCACCAAAGACUCCCCUUCAGAGACAUCAAGCGUAAACAACAUCAAAGCCUCUGAUACUAAAGCGACCGCUGUAAGACAGAAACGCAAAUAUGUUAGAAAGACAGACCUUUCAAAAGCGAAAUCCUCUGCUACUAAAAACACUGAACAGAAACUAAUGCUCACCAUAUCACGAUCUCCUAGAAAGAAUAAACAAACACAAAAUGACACGGACAGUAUUGAUCAUUCACUUAUAACCGAUCGCUCAAAUGACAAUGACAAACGUAAAAGCACUAGAUCUAACCCUUCAGUAAACGGUCGAAGGGCUUCAAGAAGAGUUUGCCCAAAAAAACAACGUAUUUCUGCUGCAAAAAGGGGCAGACGCGGAAAGAAGAAACAAGAGCCAGAAUUUCCUGACAUUAAAGGGAUCAUAGAGGGUGUGGAUAAACAUACUUUAGAUGAAGAUGAAUUGCCAACAAUUUUGGCGCCGAAGCGACGAAGAGUUAACAUUAAAGGUACGCUUAAGUCAGUAACACCUUCCGGCGGCAUGGAUAGACUAGUCCAGGAGUUUCCGCGCCACAAUUGGUUGGAGAACAAGUACAAAAAAGAGGAGGAAAAAGAUCAAAACGACAACCAAGAGACGACUGCAAAGUUAGAGCCAAACAACUGUUCUCCACAACGCCUGGACAAGAUCACUAAGAAUGACAUGACAGAGGACACCACCGAGAUGGAGGUUUCCACGACGACGGCCUUGGACGAGCAUACAGCUGCUGAAUGCUUAGAAAUCCAACAUCUGAGAAAGGAUACUUUAUCACCAGACAGACGCAGAGAUGUCGAAGUUCCGAAAGAUGAAACUUCAGAUCCCAGCAUCGCUCCUCUUGAUUUAUGUGUCAAACCUUCACCAAAACAGAGCAACCAACCGGAGGCAGACAUUAAACUCGUGCAUGAGGACGCGUCAGAGCAAGAGGAAACGUCAGAGCGAAAGAUACAUCCUAUUGCCAACCAUACGAUUACAAGUGAUAGUGAACCUUCAGAUUUAUCGUGCAAAACAAACAAUGUUGACCAAAUGAAAGAACACAGAGUGAAACGUUUGCAAGCAAACAUUGACAUUUCUAGCUCGUCCUGCAGCACGCCGUCAACAACUGCCACGGAAAGCACAGAACGUCUGUAUACAUCCACUAAUUCUAUCACCAUAUCCAAAAAUAGCAGUAUUAGUUCGACAGUUAACCAUGAAAGUUCGGUUCGAGCUGUGAACACCGUAUCCUCAACGUCAACUCCGAGCCCUUUACAGAAAAGCAGCAUGCUGACAAACCAGUCCUAUAUACAAGAUGAUAAAAAGUACUCUUUCACCGGUCUUAGUAGGGAAAAUAUUGGACGAAUGGACCAGUCUAUUAAAAUAUCUCCUAAACCGGAGGACAUGGAAAAAGAAGUUUGUAAACACCUUAGAGAAUAUCGACAAAUUCAAGUACGUGAAGCACGAAUGGCAAAGGAAAGGGAAGAAUUGAUUAGAUUAAAGAAUGAAAAGGCAAAUUUGUUAAGACAAUUGGGCAUCCAAAGAAAAUCCCGCAAUCUAAAUGGUGGCAGUUUGGAUAUCCAGCCUGUAAAUGGGAAUCCCAGUCAAACACUUGCUGUCAACCUUGCUACCGCUUCUCAUGAGAUGCAGUGUGGUGAUAUGCGAUCUAAGCAACAAGCGGAGUUACUUGGGAAAAUCAAUAACGCUUUGCGUUACAGACAAAGACAUGACCUAUCUUCUCGCCAUGCCCAGAGGAAACGCACUAAUGCAUCAGGUAAUCCGGCUCCAGCUCACAUGAAUGCAAGAGUGAACAUAAUGGAACUUAAUCAAGAAAUCGACAAAUGCAAGGUCCUGAAACCAGCAAAUAUUGAAGUAACAGGUCUUUUCAUGAAGAGAAAGGAUCCACUGACAAAGCCUCCAUUCGAGUCUUCUAUCAGCCAGUCUCCCAAAAGUGGACCACCACAAGCUCACAGUCAAACUCCAUUCCAAAGUGCAGGACAAUUGAUUUACCCUUUACCGUCGUUUUUGGAACAUAAAACGAAAUUAGCUCGACAGUUAUCAUCAUCCAACACCAUUAAAGAUGGGUCAGGCACUACUAACACAAAAACUACAGUUUCAUCAUCAGGUGUCCCGGAAACCUCUUCAUCUGACAGCAUGAAUAUCAGAUCAGAAGGAAAUGUGAAACCGAAAGUUCAAAAUGAAGGCCAACAAGACAUAAAACACGUGUCGCCGCCUCAAACUGUGGUGAAUAUGAAUACAACGUCUCCAGGCAACAGUUUACAACAACAAACUGAAAAGCCGUCACAAACAUUUGAUAAGCGUCAAGAUACAGAAGUCGUAGUUCAACGGGAAUUGAAUGAAGCAUUGGCAAAACGCCAAAGAUUUGAAGAUCCUGAAAACACAAAUCAAAAAUCAAAAAUGAAAACAGAUCAAUCACAAAUUCCAAAUAUAGAUCCAACGAUCUUUCAUCAAAUCCAAGAAGAUGCCCAAGAACAGAUAAAAGAAGCAGAGAGAAAACAACAACAGUAUUCACAGAGAAUUAGUCAACGACAACAAGCCAGCCAACAGUUGCCAAAUCAGCCCCAGAAUCCACAACUUGAAAUGAUUAUGCGUGAGCAAAAAAGAAAACAGAUUAUGCUUCAGAAACAGCAGCAGGAGCAACAACAACAGCAGCGGCAGCGGCAGCAACAGCAACAACAACAACAACAACAACAACAACAACAACAUGUUCAACAACAUAUCCAACAGCAGCAACAACUACAAAGACAGCAACAGAACUUUCAACAACGCCAUAAACUGCAACAAGCACAAUCUCAACAACAUAUAACACAGCAGUUCCAACAACCAUCAAAAGCACAAACUGUUCGACAAAAUCUACAACAAGCAAAUGUGCCACAGGGCAUCUUCCCUGCCACACCUAUACACGUAAAUAUGAGUAAAGGCCAAAUGCAUACACAAAAUCUUCCUAUAGGACAUUCUCGAUUUAUGACACCUUAUGGCCGUCAGAAUGUAAAUCCUAUAAUACAGACGCAACUGGCCAACAGACUUCGAGUUCCGGUCACUGUCUCGAACCAAAGUUUAAGUAAUAUAGUUCCUGCUAGUCAGUCUCGCAUAUCCGGCAACCAAGAUCAAUUGCUGGUGCUACAGCGUCCUCACGGUGUCAUGGCAACCAUCCCGCAAACAAGUUUGAAUGAUCCAUCUCAUCGAGUUCUUGUCGGUGCACGAACAGUUCCUUUGCGGACUAAUGUGAGUGGAUUUUAUCCGAACGUGUCAGAGACGACAAUGGAAGAUAAGCAUCAACGACAAAGUGUCUCAAAACCUAUAGAGGUUACCAGUAAUAUUCGUUACCCUAUUACGUAUCACCAGACAGUUGCCCAUGGACAGGUCAUAAGUCAAACGGCUUCCACGGUCAACACAGACUUCAACAGAUGUCCAGUUGUAACAGCUCAUCAGCACCACACUACGCCAGUACAAGUGGUAGAAAUGGCAAGUGACAGCAUGUCAGUACAACAGUCUAGUGUGCCUCAUCAUCAACAAAUUACCGACAGGCCGGAAGGUGCAGCCCGUGUGCCUUCAACUGUGCAUGAGGCAUUGCAAAAUAGUCCUACAAAUGCUCAAACCAACACUGGCAUUGCAAUGACUUACAGCCAUGUACAUCCACCCGCUACGGUUCAACAGGGUGCUAGGUUUGCACAAAAUCUGCCAACAACUACUAUACAUUCAUCAACCGUAGUGCAACGAGAAACACCUCCACAGCUACAGCAAAUCAACGGCAACUGCAAAGUGUGUGGGAAGUCAGCCAUGUUCCUUUGUUCUAGUUGCAAACGUAUCUGGUACUGCAGCCAGGCGUGUCAGCUGAACCAUUGGGUGUCCCAUUCUCACGAAUGCAAGUCUUGAUAAUCAGAAGUCACAGGAGGUUCAGGCCAGGCUGAUGUGAAAACAGUGAAUAUCAAAACGGUUUUUAAUUCACAAAGCAGAAGUGCUUUAAUAAUACCAUACCCUAAUUUCAAUAGGUGACGAUGACUAGUCUUCCCUCUGCGAAAUACUAGAUUACAAACUUAUCUUCAUAAAGCAGCUUUAAGUGUUAACAUAUAUACAUCGACACUCCUCAAUGUUCACAUUACAUGCAAGUCAAUGUUUUCUGUUGUUAUAAGACACGUGAUGGUGUGCUGAUGAGACGAAUUGAACCCUAAUCAGAUGACUAUUCCGUCUUUGCAUAUUGCAGAGUUAUCUUCUCUUGAUAACAGGUAUUGAUUGUUACGUCACUUGUU